AUGCUCCAGCAGGUGACUCUGCUUCUGGGGCUCGUGGUGCUGAGGACGCAGGUCUGGAGUAUCCAUUAUGAGUUUGUGGACAUCAGUAAGAACCUGAGCUAUUUUGUGAUGUCAGUGGAGUUUGCCGUAUUUCAAUACAAUGAGGACAAUGUAGAUGAGUACGCCUAUAAGCUGCUGCGGAUCCGGCGGAGCCAGCGCAAGAGACUUACUUGGAUAUAUUUAAUGGACUUGGAGAUGGGCCGCACAGUUUGCAAAAAACAUGAAGAAGACAUUGAGAACUGCCCCUUGCAAAAAGGCCCAGGAGAGAAACAGGUCCGCUGCUCUUUUCUCGUGGAUGCCCUCCCUAUCUAUACCAAGUUCACACUCCUGAACAGCACCUGCGUGGAUGAGUAG